AGUAUAUUGUGUUCAGUUGCCAAUGCAUGAACAGUUUAAGAUAAAAUAUUUUCAAUCUUUUUGUGCAGAAAUAAAUAAAAUUCAAUAUCAAACAUAUUUCAUGUAAUUCAUGAAACCAAUAUAUUUCAUUUAAAAUGAUACCUAUCAGAAGUAUCAGCCAUCCAAUAGUAAUUGGUCUAAGAUUGAUUGGAAUUUGGCCAAAAUCAUCCUAUGAAAUUAUAGUCCGAUUUAUGUGGGUUAUUAUUAUGAUGUGUGCACAAAUAUUUCAAUAUCAAUAUAUAAUAAAUCACAUUGGUUUUGAUAAUUUGGCAGAUUUAAUUGAUAGUGUGAGCACUACUUUGCCUUAUAGUCUAUUGUGCUUUAAAUUAAUUAGUUUUUGGACUAAACGCGAAAUAUUUGAAAAUAUAUUAAUAGGCAUGUAUCAUGAUUGGACUAAUGCUUUCGCUACUGAUUUUAUUGUAGAAGAUAUGAUAAAAAAAACCGAACUCGCAUAUUAUUGUUCAAAUUUAAUUUUGAGUAUAUAUGCUAUUGCUGUUUUUUUGUAUGUCGGUGUAUUUCUGGAAUUAAGUCAUGAUCAUGAUCAAGAAAAUCGAUCUAAUUUAUCACCAGAAUUAUUAAUAAAAAUGGAUCUUCCUUUUACAUAUGAUGAAAGUCCAAUAUAUGAGUAUGUAUUUAUCGUACAAUUUAUUCAACUAUUUUUUAUAGCAUCUAGUAUUGCUGUAUUAGAUGCCUUAAUAAUUACAUUGAUAUUUCAUAUUGGUGGACAAAUAGAAAUAUUGCAUAAGACUUUGAAAAAUAUUUCUAUCAACGAUGAAAAACCCGAAUCAUCCAGAAUUAUCAUUAAAUCUUUAAUCGAUAGACAUUAUCGGAUUAUUAUUGGUUCCGAAUAUAUCGAAAGUUUAUUCUCAUAUAUUGCUUUAAUGCAAUUAAUAUGUAAUACUCUCAUUAUAUGUUGUAUAGGAUUUUUAAUAGUAGUUGCGCUUAAUUCAAAUUUAAAAUUACUUAUAAGAAUAUCAUUCUUUUAUAUUGCUAUUACAUUGGAAGCUUUUAUUUUUUCCAUUGCUGGAGAAUAUCUUAGUAAUAAAAGUCUGUCAGUUAGUAUUUCAGCUUAUGAAUCUCCUUGGUAUUUAUUAAGUCCUAAGAAUAGAGGUGUAAUGAUUCUUCUUAUGGUAAGAUCACAAAGACGAUUAACAAUUACUGCUGGAAAAUUUAUGGAUUUAUCUAUGCAAGGCUUCGCAAAUAGUAAAUUAAUUGCCGAUACAGCAUAUGAAUUUCUUUGGUACAACAUGAAUCCAAAUGAAAGCCGACUUUUAAUACCCAUAAUAUUGAGAGCCCAAAGAGGAUUCACUUUUACUUUUGGAAAAUUUGCAACUCUCUCCAUGGAAAGUUUUACAGCUAUUAUGAAAGCAUCAGGAUCGUACAUGUCUGUAUUACUUGCAAUGACUUAAAAAAUACAUUUGCGAAUAUUAUAAUGUAGUUUUUAUUAAUUUAAAUAUAUUUACAUUUAACUUAAAUUAAAUAAAUUAAUAAUUGAUAAAUUAUUAAUAACAAUAAAUGCUUGUAUUAAAAGAAGAUGCUACCUCAUGCAUGUAAAAAUAAAGACAAAGGAAAAUGUUAAAUAUA